CAGGGUGCCGUGGUGCCCUUCUUCCAUUGCGCCAUAUGUUGCGCGUCCAUUCCCCGCUGUCGCAGUCUCAAACCGCCGUCACCGAGCGCCGCGAGCGCGACGUCGAGUCGCCAAGGAGUAGAAGUCCAAGGGGGUCAAGGGCGACGCGACAGGCAGUGAUUGACUUAGAUGAUACGGAGCAUGGCCUGUUAGCAGAUGGACUUUUGCCCUUCUCUGUAUGUCGAAGUGUGAUCCAAGUCAUUUGGGGCAAAGCCCGAAGUCAAGCACAAGCAGCACAUGCCGCGCGUGAGGCUUCUGCCACGGGUAUUCCGUUAUCUCUGGGCAGUAGCGAACCAAGUCAGACACAAAGUGAUGAGUUGCUGGCGUCCGGGGCAGAGGAAGUCGUUUCAAGCGCUUUAGCUGCUUUGUUGAAAGCCUUGGAUCUCGACGGCACCACACGCAUUCCGCGACAGCAGGGCAUGCAACGCUCACCUGCAGAGGAUGUGAUUCUCUCCCGCGUGCGCACCUUAUCGCUUUGUGCUGUCGCCUACUGGAAAGAAGUCUCGCAGGACCUGGGCAAGGCCGCCAGCAGCCUGGCUCGUUUCCUGGAGAUGCACCGUCGCUUGUAUUGGCGCCGGCCGCCCUGGCGGGGCGUCAACUUGGGUGGAUGGCUGUUGCUAGAGCCAGGGCCAAGCUUUGAGCUUUUCCAGCAGUUCGGACCCGCGCGAUGUGAAUGGCAGCUGCUGCAGCAGAUGCGCCGGAAGCUGGGUCAACAGAAGACUGCCGAAGUCUUGCAGGCUCAUCGAAAUACCUUUCUGACAGAGGAGGAUUUUCAGCAGAUCAAGAGCAAAGGCUUCAACUCUGUGCGAAUCCCUUUCGGGUAUUGGAUUGUCACUGGACCCUCGAAUGGGGACGUCUACGUGGGGCCAGCCCUGGAAUUCUUGGACCGCGCUUUGGGUUUCUGCAAGACGCUGGGGCUCCAGGUUCUCUUGGACCUACAUGGUGCGCCCGGGGGAGAGAGCGGUGAGACACCUUGUGGCAGAGAAAUGAAAGACUGGCGGUGGGAACAGUGGCGACUUGACGAAUCUCUCGAGGCGCUGAAGGUCAUUGCCACACGCUACAAAGGGCAUCCAUCCGUGAGCGGCAUCGCCGUCUGCAACGAGCCCAGUGAGAAGGUGCCGGCAGAUGUGCUAUGUCAGUUCUAUGAUCAGGCGAUCCAAGCCAUUCGCUCAUGUGGCAUGGGCCCAGAAGAGGUGAGCAUCGUGCUGCCCGUGUAUCGCACGGAACGACUGGAUGAGAUUUGGCGCAUUUGGAACAAAGUCUUCGACGGCUUUGUACGACAUGCCAAUGUGGCUUUCGAUUUGCACUUGUACCAUUGCUUUGGUGCUUGGUGGCAACGCCAGGGGCUCAACAGCCAUCUAAGGAUGACGAAGCGCGAUCGGAAGAUCCUGCGCCGAGUUCCUGCAGUGGUUGGAGAAUGGAGUUUGGCCCUGCCACACCGUGCCCUGUGUCAAAGCGAUGAUGAAGACCAGGCCUAUCAAGCCUUCGCCACAGCACAGCUACAAGCUUAUAGUCACGCGUCCCAUGGCUGGUUUUUUUGGAAUUGGCGCGACAGUCCGGAGCAACAUUUGGGAUGGGAUGCUCAGAUGUGUCUUCAACGACGCUGGUUGUCGCAAGCUGAAUGGAAAGCGGACUGAGGAAAUCUGUGGAAUGGUGAGGUCAUGACUUUUAGACUCUUAAGAGAUUGGGAGGGACUGGC